UGAACACCCACAUAACAAGGACCAAACUUUUUGUAGAAUUAUUCCACACAUUGCCAUUAACUUCCAAUAUGGCUAAGCAUGUGACCAUAGCCAAGAAGAAAAAUGGCAUUGUAAAGCUCAAGACCGCCGUUGGGAAGCUUCAAAGAAGCCUCUCUUUAGGUCGAAGGUCUGAUUCUGGUCAAGAUGAGUGUGAUUAUGCAGUUGGGGAUGAUGAAUCCAGUACUCCGGUACCGGAAGAUGUCAAAGAAGGGCAUUUUGCGGUAGUGGCAGUUGAUGCCGAGGAGCCAAAACGGUUUGUCGUUCCGUUGAGUUGCUUGACAAAUCCAACAUUUUUAAGGCUUCUAGAGGCUGCAGCGGAGGAGUAUGGAUUUGAUCAUGAAGGGGCGCUGACUGUACCGUGUCGACCAAGUGAGCUCGAGCGAAUCUUGGCGGAGGAAUGGGUGGAAGAGGAGGAGGAGAAUGGGUGCAUUUGGUGAUGGUGAGAUUGGAGAAACAGUAUAACCAUGGGGGGUUUUGAAGCUAUUGAAAUGACCCAAGAAGAUAUCAAGAGAGGUUGUUUUUUUUUGUGGCUUCAACUCGUCGUGGCCUUUGUAAAACUUUUUACCAAAUCGAAAAUUUGGUAUUUUGAGAAUGGCUAAUCAAAGUUUUAUGGCCAUUUGAUAACAUGUUCAUUAUUCUCAGUUGUGUUGUGUUUAAUAAUUUGGUCUCUCAAUUUGGUAUUCUUAUGUGUUUAAAAAAUGGUGUAUCUUGUUUUCUAUUUUCUGUGGGUUACUCUUCUUUCAACUCUCUUUAAAUUGUGUGGAAAAAUGUUUAGAUCAAAUAAAUAAGUUGUGGUUUUGUGA